UGCACCUUUUUAGGCAUCUGAUCACAAAACAACUCUCUACCAGUCUCUCUCUCUCAUCUCCCAAGUUCCAAGCAAAGAAGACUUGCAAAACCAAUCUCUCUCUCGCUAGAUUUUGUUGAUUUUUGGAGUCUCCGCUACUUCACGUUUGGUUUAGAUUCCUUUCCACACAUUGUUGAACUUCGCGCCUGAUCUCUGAAACUCUCUCUCUCUCUCUCUCUCUCUCUGGAUGAUUUAUAGCAGUGUUGUGUGAUGGAGGCUACAAUGGAGUUGUUGAUGAUGUGCUGCUAGUUGGUUAGAAUUUUUGUGGUUGGAUUUGUUUGGAGAAGUGUUUUUGGUGAUUGAUUGUGUGUUUGAGUGGGUGGUCUGGAAUGUUGAUUUGUUGCAGAUAAUUGAGGAAUGUGCGAUUGAAGCUCUCGAGUUGUCUGUUCAUGGCUGGUGAAAUCGAAGAACCUUUUAGUUUUAGCUUUCAGGCAGAUUCAUUACAUUCUGGAUCAAUCUCAUUUGGAAGGUUUGAAGCUGAAUCCUUAUCAUGGGAAAGGCGGUCAUCCUUCUCACACAACAGGUAUCUUGAAGAGGUGGAGAAAUACUCAAAACCAGGUUCAGUUACUGAGAAGAAGGCUUAUUUUGAAGCUCACUUUAAAAGAAAGGCGCUUCUGCGCCAAAGUUCAUCUGAGUGCCAAACUGGUAUCGAAUACCAAACUAGUGAAAAUGACACCACAGAGAAUACGGGUUACAGAGAAGAAUUUGAGCACAUUAAUGAGGGUAGCCAAUCUGUACAAUUUGACAGGAGUUCUGAUGGUUCAGAAUAUGAUGGAGACAGUGAAGUGAUGGAAUUGGAUAAAGAAGACAUUGGAGCUUCAUAUGUUGAACCCCAGUUUGAACCUGCUCUCAAUGUUUCCAGUGUUGUGCAAAGUGUUUCUGGACUUGUUAACACUGAGGUAGCACAUCAAAAUCAACCUCAAACUCAAAGCUUACCUGUUAUUGAUGAUGAACCAGGAAAUGAAGUAAGAGAGAACCUUAAUGAUGAAGUUAUAAAUGUGGAUUUGACAUGUAGAGAUAUACUUCUGUCUACUAAUAAUCACACCACCAUGAAAGAUGGUAGUGCUAGUUCAGAACACCAACUAGAGUCUUCUUCCAAGGUGGGGGCCCCAUUGGGAAGCAAACUUAUGAAGCCUAAGUCAAAGUGUCCAGUCAAUGUUACUCGGGUUCAGAGAAGAAUUUCAAGUGAUCCAUCUAAAGACCCUGCAAAGAAACCUAUUAGAACAGGUAGAGAAGUUUCAAGGACUAUAAAAGCAGAAAAACAUUCAUCACAAACAGCUGCUCCAAUGACACGAUCAGUACACAGAACUUCAAAACCAGAGGAUUCUAAAAAUUAUAAGUUACAAGUAAUUCAGGAUAACAGAAGCAGUGAAAAGGAAUUAAACACUAAAAGGGUUAUUGAACCUAAGCCUUUUGCCUCAAAGAAGGUUAUCCCUAAAGCACGGCAAACAGAAAACAGGCCCAAGCAAGCUGAGAAUUCAACUAAACCAGGCACAAAACAGAGCUCACCAGGGCUACAUUUCAAAUGUGAUGAACGAGCAGAAAGGAGGAAAGAGUUUUACAUGAAGAUGGAGGAAAAAAUGCAAGUUAAGGAAGCUGAGUUGAAUCAAAUCCAAGCAAAAAAACUGGAAAAAACGGAAGCUGAGAUUAAACAAUUUCGGAAAAGCCUUAAAUUCAAAGCAACACCCAUGCCUUCUUUUUAUCAUGAACCUGUACAACGUGACUCAGAUAAUAACAAGGUAUGUAAUAAUUCUGCAACACUGACUUUUUGCAUGCUCUCUUCUCAUAUCAGGCAUGUCCAUAUUGAACCUAAGCCUUUUGCCUCAAAGAAGGUUAUCCCUAAAGCACGGCAAACAGAAAACAGGCCCAAGCAAGCUGAGAAUUCAACUAAACCAGGCACAAAACAGAGCUCACCAGGGCUACAUUUCAAAUGUGAUGAACGAGCAGAAAGGAGGAAAGAGUUUUACAUGAAGAUGGAGGAAAAAAUGCAAGCUAAGGAAGCUGAGUUGAAUCAAAUCCAAGCAAAAAAACUGGAAAAAACGGAAGCUGAGAUUAAACAAUUUCGGAAAAGCCUUAAAUUCAAAGCAACACCCAUGCCUUCUUUUUAUCAUGAACCUGUACAACGUGACUCAGAUAAUAACAAGGUUGUGUCAAGUAACACCAAAUCCAGUAAACUACGAAGUAAGUCAACUCCAGUGGGUGGAUCUUCUGCAAGAUCUCCAUCUUAUGCAAAGGUGAUAAAUGACCAAGAUCCUUUCAACACUGAAAAAACUGUAAAAACAUGUGAUCCACCUCACGCUUCAGCAGCAACCAACAACAGUCUGACAUCAGUGCCCUCUGAAACCUGUGCUUCCUCUCAGAGUCCAUUAACCGACAAGGUCCAUCUUACACGAGACGAAAUCAAUAGUGAGGUAACUGGCAUUAAAGAGCACACAAAGGAAACUGAUAUGAAUUUGCAGAAACAUAGAGUAUCAGGGUGUAGCAAGGUGCCAAAAGGCAAAAGGCCUGAGGGAAAGCAUAAAGUGGAAGUGGAAGUGGAGGGAAGAGUUCAUUUAGCAGUUGGUGUUGCCUCCUAAACACAUCCAUUCUCUUCUUCAUACAAGAUUUGGAAACAUACACAUCUAUGGGGAACAUAACAAGAUGUGUAUUGGCAUACCACUCAAAUGAGAUAUGUGGCUGAUUUUAAUUAUGUGGUGAAUAUUCACGGUCGCGGUCUGCUUUACCAAUAGCAUGGUUGUGAAGUUAUUUCUCGUGACAAAUUAUUGCAAUCAACCAAAAUCACUUGUAUGUCCAUUAUUUUAGUUAUAUUCUAGUGUAAACAGUGUGUUACUUACCACUGCAAGUUACAUAGUCAAUAGAGAAUAAUGGUGGCUUGUGUUUCAAGGAGUUUUUGCAAAUUGCAGUUCUUUUUUGCUACCCUUGCUACAGAAAAUUCUUGCUCACCCAUUCUAUGCAAAA